AUGAAAUCGGGCACAUGGACCACUUUCCACCUGCUGAAACAAGAAUGGAAGUUUUGGCCCCUGGCCGGAACUGGGAGGGAUGUCGUGAAGGCGAGAGGUUUGGUGGAUUGUGGUUCCAUUUGCCACUCACUUCGUCCCGCUUGCAACAGCUUCAACUGGUACCCUGGAAAUCUAACAUGCGAGAUGGUGAACACGGUCAAUGCCCUCUUGGAAAAUGCACCGGGAGCAAUAGCCUACGUCAGUGCUUCCAGCGUGUGUAAUACGAGUCCACCUGCUUUUGAGAAUCGAACCAUGAAUUUCUCCGACGGAUGGAAUGGCAGCCUGCCUGCACCUUUCCUAUCAGAAGUCUCAUACGAUUGCCCAUUAUUUUCCCGCUGCCCGCCUCUUCUACCCCUGAAAGCCAAAUGUGUCGGACAAAACACAUGGCAACUCCUGAAUGUCAACGUCACUCCUCCUUGCUCAGCAAACACACAAGGCUACGAGCUCUCGACGGCAGACGGCCGGAUGUACAAGCGUUACCCUGGACCCAUGAAUAGAACGGAGGCCAGUCGUGUUUGUUGCCAGGAUGGGGCAAUACUCGCUUCCGACACGAGUGGCAUCACCUAUGAUUCGAUCCGAAUGGUCGCCCCGGACACCACCGAAGCAAUUGUCCAAGGUGCCACUGAUGAGGUCGUGGAAGGCACGUGGAUCUACGAGGAUUCAAGUUUCAGUCAAGUGAACAACACGCCGAUAACAUCCUACAAUUGGUGGGGAACGAACGACAGCCUCCCAGUGGGUCAGCAGGAAGCCCCAAACGGCGGACGAGAUAAGAAUUGCCUCAGCCUUUUGGCGCAGUACUGGUUUGACAUUCCUUGCUCCACCGAGCUCCCCUUUGUCUGCCAGUACUACUAA